AUGAGUAAAUUCUACUUCGGCGGUCCAACCGACCCCAACUCCUCAGACGACGAAGACAACCUCCCCUACCCCAAGGCCCUCCCAAGAUCCGACUUCCUAUCCCCCGCCUUCUCCGCACCAACAUACCUUUCUACACUCUCCAACCGCCACCAAACCCUCGAGGACCUACGUACCGACCUAAGAGAACGCUCCCAGGCCCUCUCAAAAGAACUGCUAGACCUCGUCAACACCAAUUAUGAGCAGUUCCUCAGCCUAGGCUCAGACCUUAUGGGUGGUGAGGAGAAGGUGGAGGAUGUUCGGGUUGGCCUGCUGGGUUUUAAGAGAGGAGUUGAGGAUGUGAGGGGGAAGGUUAGGGAGAGGAAAGUGGAAGUUGAGGGAUUGCUUGAGGAGAAGAAGGAGGUGAGUAGGGAGAUUGCGGUGGGGAGGAAGUUGCUGGAGGUUGAUGGGAGGUUGGAGGAGUUGGAGGAGAGGCUGAUGGUUAGUUCGCUUGGGAGGAGCGUUCAGGGUCAGGAUGAGGAUUCUUGGUCGGAGAGUGAGGAGGAUGAGGAUGAGGAUGAAGAUGAGCUGGCUCAGAGUGCUGGUGUUGGUGGACCGAGUACGAAGAAGCUUCAGAGGUUGGUGAUGGAUUGUCUUCAUGUUGAACGAUUGGCAUCUAGCGUGGGAGAAGAUCAUCCUUUUAUUGUUGCCCAACAGUCACGAAUGGUUCGAGUCAGAAACACGAUUCUACUUGAUCUGAAUGCCGCACUGAAAACGAUAGCGUCUGGAGAAGCAGCAAAAUCAAAGAUGAUCACGAUGCUGGGAUUGUAUAGACAUCUUGGGGCAGAAAGCGAAGCCAUCAAGGUAUUGAAAGACUUGAAAUCGAAAUAG